AUGCAGAUAUCACGGAAGGAUGCCGAUUAUAGUGAUGGGUACCAAGUUUCUGAAAUCGGAAGCCUCAUCAUAUGUUAUGAAUAGUUGGAGAAUAUAUUGUGAUCUUCCUCCUUCGUAUCUGUCAAGGGUUGGUUGAUAGAGAGACGGCAUUUACAGCUUGCAAGUCUGCAAAGCCCGGAAGUAUGUCUUGGGAAUAAAGAAAGGCUUUCUUAUCAACCCUUGAACUCCCAUGUCACUUGUUGAUUAAUUCAAACUUAGAAAAACAUACGGCUCACUCUAUUUACUGCUUUUUGUCAUGCUUACUGAGAUAUAUUCUUUUUUCAGCGAAUUGAGGUUCAAUUGGCUGAUCAAUCAUCCGCAAGAACAAGUGAGCAAUGAAGAGAGACCGGCAUUCAAGCUUACAAUACUUGACAGUAGGACCCAAAAGUCCUAUGAAAUUCCGGUUGUGAAUAAUGCUGUUCAAGCAAUCCAUUUUCAGAAGAUUUCUCCCCCCGAUUACCAACAAAAAUUACUCCAGCGAUAUGGCAGUGGCAUUCCAGUUCUUGAUCCGAGUUUCAAGAAUACCGCUGUUGUAGAAUCGAAGAUAACUCAUGUGUUCGUGAACCGAAUAAAAUCUACUUGCUAACGGUCUUUGCUAACAUUUCUCAGGGAUGGUACUCGUGGAAAGAUCCAAUAUCGACAGUAUCCAAUCGAACAACUGUAUCAGCAGAACGACUAUGAAGAAGUAAUACAUUUACUUAUUUGGGGCCGUCUGCCAUCUUUUGACGAAAAGCAUAUGCUUCAGAGAGCGUUCGAAGAGCAAGCUCGCCCUCAUAAAUCAGUAAUUGAUGCGAUUGGAACGUUCCCGUGAGUAGUCUAGCAACUCAACCUGCCACUCCUCUGAUACAUGUUCUAGACGAGAGACACCAUCCUUUCUCAUGAUAAUCGCGGGACUUUCAGCAUGGGCAGCUACACGCCCCUCGACAGUGCCGGUGUUUGCUGGAAAGAUACUUUAUCAUAACGACCCUGAAGCUCUAGACGAAGCGAUUAUUGGAACUAUUGCAGUCUUCACCACUGUUGUAGCAUUGGUAUAUUGCCACCAGAAUGAUCUGGAAUUCACACCACCAGACCCUCAGUUAUCAAUAGUAGAGAAUAUGCCCUUAAUGGUAGGCUUUGUUAACGAAUACACUGGCAGGCCUGUACCGGAGACAAUCAAAUCUCUCAAUCGUCUCUGGAUACUCUAUGCUGAUCACGAGAUUACCAACUCUACAGCCGCGUUUCUGCAUGUGA